GCCGUUAGAUGGCCAGUCAGGCCAGCAAUCAAGAAAAAAAGAAGGGAAAGAACACGCAGCGCGCGCGUAAUGCGAAGACUAGGCAACUAAGGUUUUUGAUAUUAAUCAACUAUGUUAAUCGAGGCAAAGAUCGUCCGGUUCGACCGCUUGCUCUAAACGUGUGUAUUUGCUAGCUGUGUCUAAAGAGGCCUAUCAAGGAAUGAUCCUUGAAAGGUUUGUUGAUGCAGACAAGUGGCUGCAACUGGCCCGUCAUGCCGCCUGGUAUGACAGCUUGUUGAUGCAGACAAGUGGCUGCAACUGGCCCGUCAUGCCGCCUGGUAUGACAGCGAGGUCCCUGUUCGCUAAGAUCAGCAUGGCCAAGGCAAGUAAUCCUGAUGACCUUGAGACGAUGCUUCAGCAGUGUUUCAACAUUUGUAUCACCCGCCAAGAACUGGAGGCCCCUACUACAGCCGUGGUCACCCGUGUGCUACGUGGAGCCUUUGAAACAUUUGGCUUGAAUGAGGUGGCUCUGGAAGUGCCUUGUUCUAUACUGCCCAGUGAAGCCAUGCACAUCGAGGGCUCGGUGUCUCUGUCCCAUUACCUGAAGCUGAUGCAAGCAGUCUUUGGGCUGCUGGGUGUCAACGACGUGGGUCUGCAGGACCUUACCAAUCCAAAGCCCAAACGCACUCGUCGGCUUUUCAAGAUCCUCGUCAAUAAAUUGCUCUACACUACCAGCGUCUUCACCAAGUACACGGCAAAGCUAAAGCAGCAGCUGGAUGCCAAGGCUAAGGGAGAACAUGCCCUAAGCAUGCUCAAUGCAACGACAGCGAAGGCCAACAAGCUGGCAACUCAGCUCCACAAUGGUGGUGAGCAGCAACAGGCAAUUGCUGAUGAGCUUGCAGCCUGCGAGAAAACACUGGCUGCCUACGACUUGAAGAAAACUGACAUCAUGUCACACUACAAGCAGCUCAAGAUGACCCUAUGUGCCUCUGCUGAGGCAGUGCAGAAGGCAGAGUUGGACAUUGUCAACCUCAAGGAAACCCUGGAGGAAAGACGGGCUGCAGUGUGCAACGAUCCAGCUGCUUGGAAGGAAAAGACUUCAGCAGAUGCAGAAACCCUGGCUGUCUUGAAAUCUGAAAUUGAGAAGUUUCGAGCCGGUGUGUCUGCUGUGAAUGAAAAGAUAGGCCUGGCCCCCCGCAUCAGUGAGGAAUAUCAGAAAACUUUGGAAAGCAUAGCUGAGAUGGAAGGCCGGUCUGUUGAAGCAGAGGCGUUGCAGCAGAGGAAAGCAGCACAGGAGAAAAAGCGGAUUGAACUUGAGCAAUUGCACUAUGCAUUGCAAAAGAAAGUGGAGCUCGCCACAGAGGAGCACAAACGCCUCAUGGAGAGGCAGCCACAUGAUGCUGGUCUCCAGUCCCGCGAGCAACGCAACCAUGACGCUCGGCAGCAGCUGCAACAACUCAAGACAACAAUGAAGCAAACGAGGGCCAGUGCCACUGCUAAGCUGUCUGAGCUCGAUGCAAGAAUUUCAAGCAUGCAGGAAGAAAUAAGCACCUGUGAGAAGGCAACAGAAUGGCAUGUUGCCAGGAACCAGCAGGUCAUUGACAGAAUGUUGGAAUAUCUUAAUCUUCUGGUGGAACGCUUUGAAACUACUUUCAAUGAGGAUAGUCUUCCACAGAUGUGUAGCGAGGACAAAUUGCUGCGGUCCACCAGCGAGGACGAACAGCCGCAGUUAAGCUCCGAAGAUGGACAACCAGGGUUGUAAUGGCAAACAGGAAAUAACUGCUUGGCUUGUGACGUUUUUACUUUAUUUAUUACUGUUUUAUAUAACAUCUAUUUUAUGCAUAUUACCUUGUAAAUAAAGUCAUAUUUUGUAUGCGCAAACAAUAA